UAAAGCAACCUGUGAAGAAUCUCCAUGAAGGUGACCAGCCAUGCAAUGUUCCUGGAAGGCUGUCCUCUUACUUGCUGUGGCCUCUAUUGCUAUCCAGUACACAGCCAUCCGCACCUUCACAACCAAGUCCUUCCACAGCUGCCCUGUACCCAACCCAAUGAACUGCAGCUUGAAUCAGGACACUGAAUCAGCAGACAGACUUUGUGAUGAAAGCCCCACCUUUGCAUAUAAUCUUUCCAAGAAGACACAUGUCCUCAUCUUGGCCACGACCAGAAGUGGCUCCUCUUUUGUCGGGCAGCUCUUUAACCAACAUUUUGAUGUCUUCUAUUUAUUUGAACCCCUCUACCAUGUCCAGUACACCUUGAUCCCAAAGCUGACACAGGCCAAGGGCUCCACAGACAGGCGGAUCAUGCUGGGAGCUGGCCGAGACUUGUUGAGGAGCCUCUAUGACUGUGACCUCUACUUCUUGGAAAAUUACAUUAAGCCCCCGCCAGUGAAUCAUACAACAGACAGGCUGUUCCGCCGGGGAGCCAGCAAGGCUCUGUGCUCCCCACCAGUUUGUGAGGCACUGACAACCAUUGAUAUUCCGUUGGAGGAAGGAGACUGUGCGAAAAAAUGUGGCACUUUGAACCUAACACUGGCAACAGAGUCAUGCAAAGAUCAUGGCCAUGUUGCUAUCAAAACUGUGCGGGUGCCCGAGGUCAGUGACCUUCGGGCCUUGGUAGAGGAUCCCAGGCUCAACCUGAAAAUCAUACAACUGGUGAGGGACCCCAGGGGCAUCCUUGCCUCUAGGAGUGAGACAUUUCGAGAUGCCUACAGGCUUUGGCGGAUCUGGGAUGGCACGGGCAGGAAACCAUAUAACCUGGAUGUGACGCAGCUCACUAUGGUCUGUGAGGACUUCUUGAACUCUGUUUCCACUGGACUAAACAGGCCAUCAUGGCUCAAGGGCAAAUACAUGCUAAUUAGGUAUGAAGACCUGGCCAGGAAUCCCUUGAAAAAGACAGAGGAGAUGUAUGAAUUCCUGGGCAUCCCCAUGGACAGCAAUGUGGAACGAUGGAUACAGAACAACACAAGAGGAGACAGAUCUGCAGCCAAACAUAAGUAUGGGACAGUCCGAAACUCAGCAGCAACAGCUGAGAAGUGGCGGUUCCGCCUUUCCUAUGAAAUUGUGGCGUUCACGCAGAAAGCCUGCCAGCAGGUGUUGGUACAACUAGGUUAUAAACUGGUGUCCUCUGAGGAGGAGUUAAAGAACCUUUCCAUCAGCCUGGUGGAAGAAAGGGACUUCUUGCCCUUCUGGUAACACAAACAUUAGGGUUUCGUAUUUUAAAUCUGAUACGAGCCAUUUCCUAACUGUUGCCUUACUUUCCCUUUCCCCAUUUAUUCUUUGAAAUUUGCACUAAUUCUUGAAUGGGAAAC